UUCUUAUUGGCCCGCCACGUCAUUUUGGAAUGCAUGUAAUUGGAGUGAUGGUCUAUCUAUUUCAAUCUUCGAAAGUUGGACGAAGGUCAGUGAAGGCCUACGGCACCUUCCGCCUGUGUUCAUUAUCCAAGUUGACCACAUGUCGUUCUUCACGUCCUUCGACUCCUUCAAGACCACGCGAAUCCACGCGACGAGUGCGCAAGUGUUCAACGUCCUCAAGCGAGUCGAACAUUGGCCCGUGUGGGAUGUCGACCUGAAGAAAGUCACUCUGGACACACCGGCGUCCACGCCCCUGAAUAGCACCAAGGGCACUCUGUUCAUGAAGAACUAUGGCGGCGGUGAACAUGCGUUUGCCAUCCAGAACGUCGACGAGGCGCGUCAUUUCGAGUACUACACGCGACUACCAGGGGUAGAUUCGGAAUGGUACUGGACGUGGAGCGAACAUCCUACGGAUGGAUACGUGGACAUGAAGAUGGGCGUUCGCGUCCACGGCGGCGCUGCCCUCUUGUGGCGUGGCGCCCUCGCACCCUUCCUCGGUAGCGCGUUUGACUCGUGUUUGAAGAAUUUCAAGUCGCUGGCUGAACAUGGCCACGUCGACGGGCAAGAUUUCACCCACUUGUAUCAAUAAAUUCACAGCAAGCUUAUGGCUGGAUACGUGGCAUCAUGAUACAGUAGGUAGUGAUUGAGACAUAGUCAUAAGUUUUUAUGGUGCACGGAAGCGCCAAUGGAGUUCACUGGAAUGAAGAAAUAGCCAAUCGAAUCACUAGAUAAAUGAAAUCUAUCUUUUUUGCCUAGA